AUGCUCAAAGGUCACACACAGGAUAACACCAAACCGAUGGAACAACUAAUCAACGGUGGAUGGGACUGUGGAAACCGGAAAGGGACAAAUUACGGAUCAAGUACUGAAAUACAACAGCAAUCACCCGGCGAAGCACGGGGAGACCUGCGUCCAGUCUCGGUUCUAGAGGAGAGAUCCAUAUCCAAGGAAUUUCAUCAAGAGAAGCAAAAAGAAGACGACAUCCCAACAACACUGACAGCAAAAACAAACCACCAGACGGGUAGUUCUGCCUUACAUCAAGAAUAUACUGGAACUCGCAACCAGAUUGUUAUCCCAAAAAGGAAUCCUCAUGGUCCAUAA